AUGGUUUGUAUAAGAGUUUAUGAAAAAAUUCCGACUCUUUUAUUAAGUUUUAUUUUUAAUGCUUUAUACAUAUUUAUUUUUUACUGCUUUUUUAAUCUUGAAAUUUUACCGAGCCCCAAAAAAUUGGUAGUAUACACGUUUGAAAGAAAUCAGUUCAAUAGAAUUCAUUUAAGAGUAUUUUCUCUCUUUUUUUUCGGAAAAAAAAAUCUGCUAAUAGCUGAAAUUAUAUAA